AUGUCCCAUCUACUUGGUGAAAUAUAUAAUGAACCAGUCAUGCAAUACGGGGAUUCAACUGAUCUAGAGUCCAUCUUCGAGACGGUGAACGCCUACCGACCACUCGUCCUUGACCCUGUUGUCCACAACAAAGUUGACGUCGAGGACGGGCACGGCUGGGUACACUUAACAGAGCUCAGGACCAUUCGUGUGAAUCGAGUACCACGGAAGUCGUGCAGAAUGAGAGCGGUGUGUCCGUGUUUGGUUUGUUUCCUCACUCCUCUCAUUGUUCUUCUGCUUCUCUGUCUGGUCCUCAUAAAGGCCCCUGUUGUGGCCCAGCCAGACACGAUUAAAAUGACAGCAAACAAACACCCGCAACACACACUACAGGAUACUACCUCGAAUGCUUCCCUCAAUCCUCAAUUUGAUUUGCCCGAAGUACAAUCCCCGGAAGUCCACGAACCUCUUUCUCCAUUACCACAACCAGAUGGUAGCCUGACUGAGAGUUCUACCGGCUCACAACACCCCAUGAUCACAGCACAACUCCCUACAGCUUCACUGCUACCUUCUCCUUCGCAUUUAGCCGAAAACGUUAGUUUGGAGAAACCGCACCAAGAGUCUAAAAGCACAUGCAGUUCCGAUGCAGAUGCGGCUGUUGUUAAGGACAACCAGAGAGUCUUUGUGAGAUCACUGAAACCCCUUGAAGAAAUUGAGGUCGCCAUUAACGAAAUUACCGAGUCGUUUAUUUCAACUCUGAAACAUGAUGAAGAUUGGCUUGGCUGGUUGUUAAAGCGAAUUCGCAAGGAACAGAAGCUACGUGCAGGAAAACGGUGUUUUACGGAUAUGUGCCUUUACCGGAUUCCCUGUUAUCUUUCUCAGAAGUUUCAAAGUGAAUUUGCUUUUUCAAAAGUAGAUUAUGCCGACACUCGAUUACUUAGUGCCAGAAUUCGGAAAAGACGAAGUAUAGAGAUGAUAGAAGGAGCUGGCGACGGGGAGGAGGCAGUACAAGAGGCGUCUGUUUUGUCGCCUCUAUUGACGGAUCUUCUACCUAAAAAAGCAGCCACUGAUUCUAAACUUGCAGAAUUGGUGUCGGCAGAAGUGCAGGUUCCAUCCAAUGAGGUGACAUAUGUUCAAAAUGAAUCAGUGGUGACUGAAGUUGUUACAACUGUAAUGCCAUCUGCCGAGGAAGAGGAUUCAAGCUCGAUGCCAGAGAAGAACAACAAUGGUGAUGAUGGUUUUAAUGAGGAAGUGGAUGCAGGCUCGUCUGGGGAUCUGGAUUCAGCCUACAGUGAUAAUAGCUUUGGAUCGCCACUAGUCAACUGUACAGGUGUCUAUGCAGAGUACUGUUACAAUUCCAUCAGCUGCAUGUUUGUAAAGGUGUUAGAAGCAGCCGUGUGUUAUUGUAAACCUGGCUACACGGGCGUGCGAUGCGACCUAUACAACCUUCCGCAAACCCUUGACACGCUGAGUCAAUUUCAGGACGGGACUGUAGACAUCGACCAUCUGAACCCGGGCGAUUCGGCGAAGCUGUACAGUGUUCUCGAGGCCACUGCCUGCCGUCAGCCAGUCCUACCCAGACCCGUGUGGUGCCCAGCCCAAGCUACAAAAUCACGACUUUAUCGAUCAGCGUCUAACGAAUCAAAAGCCUGCACGGAUGGAGCAGAUGUAGAGCUAAUUAACAGCCUAAAAAGUCUCAACACGGCAGGAUUCAUAAGCGACCGCGACCCCGAACGCCUCCGACCAAUCCACAAGGAUGGCCUAGCAUUUCGUCCGGAUAUGCGAAAAUCUUCGGAUAAUGUGAAAGCAAAUUGGCUAUCGGAAAACUACAAACCCUUACAGCAGCAGCUUGCACCACGCGGCUAUCAUCAAAUUUAG